AAAAAGUUUGACAAUCAUCACCAGUCACCACCACCAUCUUUCUUCCAAAAACUCCUCAUUAGUCAUAUUCACUUCCAAAGCCCUACCCCUGAUCUUCUAACUCUCUCUCUCUAUAUAUAUUUCUUGUUAUAGUGUUUGUAGUGAAGAAAGUUUCCAUUUUCCUUAUGGCGGCGGAGUUCUCCAGCUGCGUGGACUCUGGACUUCAGCUCUCCAAGCGAAUAUACUACGGGAAAGAACUUCGUCCCCCUCCAGCUCCGGCGACGGCGCCGCCGCAAGUGGAGGAACAGAAGAUGACGAAGUCGUCUCCGGCGAUGGAUGAAUAUAUUCCAACGGCGCCGACGGUGUACGCGGUGGUGCCGGAGCCGGCGAUCGUGGACAAUCCCGACGUGCCAAGCUACCAGCCGUACGUUCACGGGCGUUGCGUGCCGCCGGCUUUGGUACCACUUCACAUGCACGGAAUAACCAUGGAAAUCGAUACUUUUUUAGAUACAGCGUUCGUCACGAUCGCCGGCACGUGGCGCGUGCAUUGCAUAAUGUCCUCUAAGCGCUGCGAAUGCCGUAUUGCUCUGCCCAUGGGAGAGAAGGUGUUGAGGUUGAAGUUAAUGGAAGAUCGUAUCGUACUCAAUUGAUCGGAAGAGACGACAUAGGAAGAGUAGAAAAAGUGGCUAAAGCUCAAGAAGGAAGCUUUCUCAGAUGCCAAAUAUACACCUUCAAAAUUCCAAAGGUUGAAGGUGGUUCCUUUAUUUCAGUUAAAGCCAAUUGGUCUCAGAAAUUAGUAUAUGAGGUUGACCAGUACUGCCUCCGGGUACCUUUUAGUUUUCCUUCAUAUGUCAAUCCAGUGGGGAAGAAAGUUUCAAAGAGAGAGAAGAUUUUGUUGAAUGUUAAUCCUUGCACAGCCACACAAAUUCUUUGCAAAAAUGCCAGCCAUCCUUUGAAGGACAUGAAGCGUCAAGGAGGUAAAUUAUGUUUCUCAUACGAAGCAGAAGUAGUUGCAUGGUCAAAUGCAAACUUCAAUUUUUCAUACACUCUUUCUUCUAAUGACUUAUUUGGUGGUGUUCUAUUGCAAUCUCCAUCUCUUCUUGAUGCUGAUGAAAGACAGAUGUUUUGCUUGUAUCUAUAUCCUGGAAAUAAACAGACUAGGAAGGUGUUUAGAAAAGAAGUGGUAUUUGUUAUUGAUACAAGUGGAAGUAUGCGAGGAGACCCUAUUGAGAAUGUAAAGAAUGCUCUUCUGGAAUCACUUUCUAACCUUAAUCCCCAAGAUAGUUUCAACAUUAUAGCUUUCAGUGGAGAAGUUCGAUUGUUCUCACAAAUAAUGGAGCUGGCUACUGAUGAAUCAAUAUUAAAAGCUACAGAAUGGGCUCACACAAAUCUUGUUGCCAGUGGUGUUACUAAUAUAUUACUACCAAUGGAACAGGCAAUCAAGUUGUUGGCAAAAAGUAAUUCAAUUCCUUUCAUUUUCCUAAUUACUGAUGGGUCUGUUGAAAAUGAAAGAGAGAUUUGCAGCAUUGUUAAAGGUUAUGUCACAAAUGGGGAUUCUGUUUGUCCACGCAUAUGUACAUUUGGCAUAGGUUUAUAUUGUAACCAUUACUUCCUGCAAAUGCUAGCACAGAUUGGGAAGGGGUAUUAUGAUGCUGCGUUUGAUUCUGCUUCUAUUGGCUCUAAAAUGCAAAGACUAUUCUCUAGCGUUUCAUCAGUUAUUCUUGCCGACAUAACUUUGAACUCGUUGGAACAUCUUGAUUCGCUUGAGCUAUAUCCAUCAAAUAUUCCAGACCUUUCGUAUGGAAGUCCAUUGAUUGUGUCAGGCAGAUGUGAUGGGAUUUUUCCUGACACUAUUGAAAUCAGUGGUACCUUGGCUGAUACAAGCAGUUUCACCAUCAACUUGAAAGUUCAGAAAGCUAAGGAUUUGCCUCUUAAUAAGGUUCUUGCAAGGAGACAAAUUGAUAUGUUGACAUCCCAUGCAUGGUUAACACAAAGUAAAGAGAUAGAAGAGAAGGUUGUUAAAAUGAGCAAGCAAACAGGGGUACCGUCAGAGUAUAAUCUCAUGGUUUUAGUGCAUCCUGAUAAGGGAAAGAAAACAACAGCUUCAGUCCCUACACAAGAGGUGAAGAACAAAGGUAAGCAGCAGAAGGUGGCGGAGAUGAACAUAGAGAAGAUGUUAUCACUGGGAACCUUUGGUAUGGGAUUCGGAGACUUAGCAGCCACGGCUGCUAAUAAGGUGAUGGAAGAACCAAAGGCAGAAGUAACUGAUGUGCUGGUGAAGACGGCUGGGAAAUGCUGCAGCAGAGUUAUUGACAAGAUUUGUUGUAUGUGUUUCAUUCAGACUUGUUCGUACGUCAACAAUCGGAGCGCAAUUCUAUUGACGCAAAUAUGCACUGCCCUUGCUUGCUUUGAGUGCAUCAAUUGCUGUUACGAGCUAUGCGCUUGAUUAAUUAAUGUCAUUAUACUCUUAAAAAUCAUACAAAUAACAUGUAUAGUAUCUUGCCAGGAGAACCUAUUUGUAUUGUGUUUUGUGCAUACUACAUAAUAACAUAGCAACACAUUAUCGUCA